AUGACGGAGGCCCGGAGCCAAAGAGAAGAGCUUUCUGAAGACCAUCCUUUGGAUCUUUUCUCCUCUGACUCUCCUCUCUCUCUUCUCUCCUCUGUCAGCCUUACUGGAAAGGAAGCUCUGACCCACUUCCCUUUGCUGGGCCCCUCAACAAACCCUGCCCAAGGAAAGGUGCACCUUAAGCAAUGUGACUUGCUCAAGCUGUCCCGUAAACAGAAGAGGCUUUGCCGUCGGGAGCCUGGGCUGGCAGAGACUUUGCGAGAUGCCAUCCGGCUUGGCAUCAUGGAGUGCCAGUACCAGUUUCGCAACGAGCGCUGGAACUGCAGCUUGGAAGGACGGACCAGUCUCCUGAAGCGAGGUUUCAAGGAAACUGCCUUCCUCUAUGCAGUGUCCUCUGCAGCUCUUACCCACUCCCUGGCCAGGGCAUGCAGUGCUGGGCGCAUGGAGCGCUGUACCUGUGAUGACUCUCCGGACCUGGAGAACCGCAAGGCUUGGCAGUGGGGGGUGUGUGGGGACAAUCUCAAAUACAGCACCAAAUUCCUCAAGAACUUCCUAGGUCAGAAGAAGAUUGGCAAAGACCUGCGGGCCAAGGUAGACAUCCACAACACCAACGUGGGAAUCAAGGCUGUGAAAAAUGGUCUCAAAACCACAUGCAAGUGUCAUGGUGUCUCAGGUUCCUGUGCUGUGCGAACCUGCUGGAAGCAGCUCUCUCCAUUCCAUGAGACUGGCAAGCUACUCAAGCUUCGCUAUGAUGAUGCUGUCAAGGUCUUUAGUGCCACCAAUGAUGCUGUGGGGCACUCUGAACUCGUGGGGCCACAGAAACAUGGCCACUCCUCCAAAAACCCUACUUCUCCACGCCCGACUGACUUGGUGUAUGUGGAGGACUCGCCUAGCUUCUGUCGGCCCAGCAAGUACUCACUGGGCACUGCUGGAAGGACAUGCUCUCGGGAGGCCAACUGUGACAGCAUGUGCUGUGGACGUGGCUACAAUACUCAGAGUCGGAUGGUCACCUUCUCUUGCCACUGCCAGGUGCAGUGGUGCUGCUAUGUGGAGUGUCAACAGUGUAUGCAGGAAGAAGUUGUUUAUAGCUGCAAGCAGUAAUGUCAGGUGUUAUCAGGCCAGGAAAGGAGAGGUAUACAAAUGAGAGGCAAUAAUGAGGCAGAGGCAGGCACAGCUUCCUGCAAGGCACUUGGUAUUAGCUCCUGCUCUCUCCAUGCUGAGAAUCCCUGACACAUGGUGUACUGGAUAGCUCCAUCUAUGAGGGAUGCAAUAUCAGAAGCUGUGUCAGGUAGAGAUGAGGAAGAAAGGCAGAGAGGCUGGGGAGAAAUGAGUUGUAAGACUUCAGGGAUACUGAAGCAAUAAGGGUCUCUUUUUAAAUUAAACCUUGUUCUCCACGGGAGCUGCAUGAAUACUGCUCCCUACAUUUUGUAUAUAAAUGCAUUAGGGAGGCUAACCAUAAAGGCUGAGGGGCCUUGGAAUUGAAAAGUAGCAAGGAAGAAAGGCAGUAAGUGGACCAGGUAGUGGACGCAUUUAUAAUAGGAACAUCAAGGUUGCUGAAAUGAGACAAAAUGACUCUGGCAAAAGGAGGGGUUUUUUAAUAUGCUACUUCCUGGGAACCAGCUGGGUUCUCUCUGCUCUGGAUUCUAGACAUGCGCUGAAGAGUUCCCUCAUCUGGGUGUCACAGACAAACUCAGCUAAUUAUUUCUAAAUUUGUCUGCACAUUUUAGUAACGAAUGUGGAUGUGCAUGCACACCCACUGUAGCAGUAAACUAAAAGGUUCAAGAUGGAAAUGACUACCAGGCAAUCUCUGCCUUUGAGUGAUGAUAUGAAAUAUGAAGCACCAUGUACUAGUAUGCCCAAUGUCUUCUGCACCUCUGCAGGAGCAAACACUGGAGCAGGGCUGUUCUCUGCCUUUCAUGCUGUGUCCUGCUGUGGAUGCUGAUCUGAACAUCUCUUAUCUCCUAAAUAGCCAGCCAUGGCCAUAUACUCCAAACUGGUACUACCUAGGUGAAUGGUACUUUCUUCAACAUGCACUUUAGCCUUUGGCAGGUCAGGUGCAAGACUGCAGAGCUUAAACAAAGACACUGGGCAUGUCCUACAAGAUCGCAGCCUCUUCCAUUGACUUGAUUUGGGGGGGAAAGGACACUUGUCAGUAUUUCAGUGGUGCAGUUUAAACCUGCUAGUACUUCUAAGCUCUUGCAGGAAGCCUAUUCCACAGGUGGAGCUGGGUAAGUGGCUCAGUUAGCAUUUGUGUCUUUAAAAGGUACAAAAGAGAAGGCAGUUUUUGUUGCUAGAUCAAUGCCCUUAUACUGGUGGUAUCACAGUGUAUAACAAGGACUGCUUUGAAAAUUCAGUAGCUAUUAUGUUUGUCCAAGGCAUUCACAAAUAAAUGAGUCCAGCCACAAGUGUGAAAGAGUGCUGCCAGACUGGCAGACACAGAAUAUAUUGUAAAUAUAAAGUAAAACUCUAUAUGCAUCAGCAUUUGCAGAUUUAACAGAAGGUAAUUUAAGAUUCAUGCAUACAGAUUCAGUGCAUUCACAUAUCUCACAAUAGCUAUCUAGCAAGAGCCAGAAGACUUCUCUGCUCCCCCAGCUAGACGCUCAGGGUUGCUGACUUUUUGGUUAAAUCCACUUACCCAAUGCUGUGCUCACAGGCAUGACUGCUUGCUGGCGGAUACUGAAGGAAGUCAGUUGGGAGAAGUAUGGGUGCUGCUGACUGUUGUCUAGCCGUCUGAAUGAAUGGGGGAACAGUGAGGAGCCAGACUCUCAUUUGAGGCUGUCACAGCUUUUUCCAAAGAAUGCUUAAGCUUUGUGACAUGAUGGAAGAUGGAAAUGCUUCAGCCUAGGGUAAAACAUGAGGUGUAAAAUGAGCUCACUGGAAUUUACCAUAAGCUGCCAAAUGCAAGAAGAGCCUUUAUCUCAUUCUCCCACACCUGCACCAUGUAUGGAUGACAGUAUUAGAGAUAUUUCCCUCUUGCAAAUCUUCAUUGUGGGGUAUGAGUCUGGCUUAUGGACUAAAAGCUGAAUUGGACCCUGGGAUCUGAACUGGGCAGUGUUUGUGGGCAGCUGAAUUCUCUUGAAAAGCCGGUGAGGCCAUGAAUGUGAUCCCAAGCCUUGAAUAGACCCUGAGCCUGAACUAAUCUGGGUCCUAACAAGGUGGUAGAAUAUUCACCCAAACACUAGUUCCCUUUCAGCUCACUGGCUUUGAGAUUGUAAAUUCAGCACAUACUCUGUUUGUUUGGACUGGGUCCUGCUUUUAAAAAAAGUUGAAGUCAACUGG